GACGUCGCAGAGCAAAAGUUUGGGAUCGAGAGAUCGCGAAGACACAGGCACCGCCAACCUCGCACUAGCCGCCCGCCAGCCAAUCACACGCCGUCCCCUCGUAUACGCCCCGCUGUUCCCGCACACCACCAUUCACCAGCUCUCACCACCUGGCCGAGGGUGAUACGCCGCCGUCGUCCACGCCGUCCUGCCUUUAGAGUAGUCGGCCUCCUGCUGCAGCCCCCUUGCUGCGUCAUCGGGCAGUAA